CUUUUCCGUAGGUGUUGCAAGCACGCAGCCAUGGCGUCCAAGCGAGGUGGAACGACGACGGGAGCCAAGUUUCGAGUGACGCUGGGUCUGCCGGUGGGCGCGGUGCUGAACUGCGCCGACAACACGGGCGCCAAGAACCUGUUCAUCAUGUCGGUGUGCGGCAUCAAGGGCCGCCUCAAUCGCCUGCCGUCCGGCGCCGUCGGCGACAUGGUGAUGGCGACCGUCAAGAAGGGCAAGCCCGACCUCCGUAAAAAGGUGCUACCGGCGGUGAUCGUGCGGCAGCGCAAGCCGUGGCGCAGAAAAGACGGCGUGUUCAUGUACUUCGAAGACAAUGCGGGAGUCAUCGUCAACCCGAAAGGAGAAAUGAAAGGGUCGGCCAUCACGGGGCCGGUGGCGAAGGAGUGCGCGGAUCUGUGGCCGCGUGUGGCCAGCGCUGCCAACUCCAUCGUCUAGCCGCCCUCUGACUCCGCGAGGGCAGCGGCAGUGAAGGGCGACAGGAGAGGCAAGGGGCGGCAGGGCUUGUCAGUGGCAGUGGCAGUGGCAGUGGCGGCAGCAUUGUGUGCGGGGCUUGUUGUGAUGGGAAUGUGAUGCAGGCGGACAGGCAGAGCAAUGUCAAUGGCCAUAGCAAUGCAAUUCAAUGCACCAAGAUGUUGUGCCCCGUGUCACUUGCGCUUUGCUAUCAACGUUUGGGAUUUCCAGCCCAUGAUUCACUGGUUGAAAGAAAGUUGAAUAGGUUCAAAUUUUGUAGCAACGAUUG